GAAUCUUUCAGUUUGUUUUUGUCCCGGUACCUUGGCUGGUUUAGAUCUGUCAUGGACGGGUGACUCCUGAAGCUUUUCAUAUUCUUGAUAUUCUGUGCAGGGGUUAGUUUGUGGUCUUGAAUGGCAACAGAUUUUCGACAUAGUUUGCAGAUUAACGCCUUUUUAGGCAACAUCCAUCUUUCAAAGCCAAACCACCUCCUUGUGAGUGAGGCUGAUGGACGUCUAGAGGUUCAAUCUAACAACACAGAUUGCGAGGCUGGUGGUGUCCUGCAUGCAUGACGCAGUGAAUGCACGGACAAGGAGUUUUUGAUAGCUUUUUGCAAAGUGAGUGACAUAGUCUACUGGAUAAUGUUUGCUCACACAUCAUUAAAAAAAACAACAAUUAAGAUACUAACUCAGGCGAAACAUAUCGUACACCCCUACUACCAUGUUGACCCACUGACGCAACCAGUGAGGUCCACAGAAGCACAGUAGGUUCAAACUUCGCUUUCAGGAGCCGUUCAGCGAAACCUGAGAGCAUGUUUCCUAACAAAUUCACACGUCUUACAUAGUGCCAUCAGCUCCAAUUCAAAAACCAGCUCUCGAUGCCCAACCCUACAUAUAGUGUCUGUAGCCUCGGUAAAAGAACAUUUAAUAUAGACCUUGUUAUGUCUUCUACACCAUUAGACUCACCCUCGGAGCAAUCAGAGCCAAAGCUGGUUAAUGGAUUGUUGUAUUUUUCUGCUGUCUUUUGCUGUCUGGUGUGAUGCUGGGAGAAACAGCAGGACUUCUGCAGUGUUUCCAGCUUAAUGCUGAUUAUAGAGAUUUAAAAAACAAACAAAGUGAAUGUUCUGCAUACUACAAAAUCUGCAUGAAAGAUGUGGUUCAGUCCAAUCCAAUUUAGAAAUGCAAGUUAUUACAGGCUGAUCCACUUCAUACUGUUUUUGGUUCGUAUUACACAAUGCUUGUUGUUGAGUUUUAUCAUAAUAGCUUUAUCCUAAUGCCACUCCCUCCUUGCAUGUUACAGUACUAUGCUCUUCAGAUUCUGGAAACGGUUAUCAAAACAAGAUGGAAAAUUCUUCCCAGGAAUCAGUGUGAAGAUGCCUGAAUUUUGUUCAAGUGGCAAACCCAGUGCAGGUCGACCGGCAAGUAUAAAAAAGUAUGUUGUUGGUCUCAUUAUCAAGACUUCAUCAGAUGCAUCAAAUGUGGAGAAAGAAAAGGUGUACAUUGGAAAGCUGAACAUGAUCCUUGUUCAGAUCCUGAAGCAGGAGUGGCCCAAGCACUGGCCCACCUUCAUCAGUGACAUUGUGGGGGCAAGUCGUACCAGCGAAAGCCUUUGUCAAAACAACAUGGUCAUUCUCAAGCUGCUCAGUGAGGAGGUCUUUGACUUCUCCAGUGGCCAGAUGACCCAGGUCAAGGCCAAGCACCUUAAAGACAGCAUGUGCAAUGAAUUCUCGCAGAUAUUCCAGCUUUGCCAGUUUGUUAUGGAAAAUUCCCAGAAUGCCCCUCUGGUCCACGCCACUCUGGAGACCCUCCUACGUUUUCUCAACUGGAUUCCUCUGGGAUACAUCUUUGAAACUAAACUGAUCAGCACAUUGGUGUAUAAGUUCUUGAAUGUGCCCAUGUUUCGCAAUGUGACGCUGAAGUGCCUCACAGAGAUUGCUGGCGUGAGUGUCAGCCAGUAUGAGGAACAGUUUGUCACACUCUUCACUCUGACCAUGUGUCAACUCAAACAGAUGCUGCCUCUGAACACCAACAUAAGACUGGCCUACUCCAACGGGAAAGAUGAUGAGCAGAACUUCAUCCAGAACCUCAGUCUGUUCCUCUGUACUUUCCUUAAAGAGCACGGGCAACUCAUUGAGAAGCGGCUCAACCUCAGAGAGACAUUAAUGGAGGCCCUCCAUUACAUGCUUCUGGUGUCAGAAGUGGAGGAGACUGAGAUCUUUAAAAUUUGUCUGGAGUAUUGGAACCACUUGGCUGCUGAGCUCUACAGAGAGAGUCCCUUCUCAACAUCCACGUCCCCUCUGCUCUCCGGCAACCAGCACUUUGACGUGCCACCACGCAGGCAGCUCUAUCUGCCUGUGCUCUCCAAGGUGCGUCUGCUGAUGGUAAGUCGGAUGGCCAAGCCGGAGGAGGUACUGGUGGUGGAGAAUGACCAGGGAGAGGUGGUCAGAGAGUUCAUGAAGGACACAGAUUCCAUCAACCUCUACAAGAACAUGAGGGAAACCCUUGUGUACCUCACUCACCUGGACUAUGCGGACACAGAACGCAUAAUGACAGAGAAGCUUCACAACCAGGUUAACGGUACUGAAUGGUCCUGGAAGAACCUCAAUACAUUGUGCUGGGCCAUCGGAUCCAUCAGCGGGGCUAUGCACGAGGAGGACGAGAAGAGGUUCCUGGUCACUGUCAUCAAGGAUCUGCUGGGCCUAUGCGAGCAAAAAAGAGGAAAGGACAACAAAGCCAUCAUAGCCUCCAACAUCAUGUAUAUUGUUGGCCAGUAUCCACGCUUUCUCAGAGCCCACUGGAAGUUCCUCAAAACUGUGGUCAACAAGCUCUUUGAGUUCAUGCAUGAGACCCAUGAUGGUGUCCAGGACAUGGCCUGUGACACCUUCAUCAAGAUCGCCCAGAAGUGCCGGCGCCACUUUAUCCAGGUGCAGGUGGGAGAAGUGAUGCCCUUCAUCGACGAGAUCCUCAACAACAUCAACACCAUCAUCUGUGACCUUCAGCCUCAGCAGGUGCACACGUUCUAUGAGGCAGUAGGUUAUAUGAUUGGGGCCCAAACAGAUCAGGCUGUUCAAGAACAUCUGAUAGAAAAAUAUAUGCUGCUGCCCAAUCAAGUGUGGGAUAGCAUCAUCCAGCAGGCCACCAAGAACGUGGACAUUUUGAAGGACCCAGAGACUGUGAAACAGCUGGGCAGCAUUCUGAAGACCAACGUCCGAGCCUGUAAGGCUGUGGGACACCCCUUUGUCAUCCAGUUGGGACGGAUUUAUCUUGACAUGCUCAACGUCUACAAGUGCCUCAGCGAGAACAUCUCUGCCGCCAUUCAGACAAAUGGUGAGAUGGUGACAAAACAGCCCUUGAUCCGGAGUAUGAGAACAGUGAAACGAGAGACACUGAAACUGAUCUCAGGCUGGGUCAGCCGAUCAAAUGACCCACAGAUGGUAGGGGAAAACUUUGUUCCACCGCUGCUGGACGCCGUCCUCAUCGACUACCAGCGCAAUGUCCCCGCUGCCCGUGAGCCCGAGGUCCUCAGCACCAUGGCAACCAUCGUCAACAAGCUGGGGGGACACAUCACCAGCGAGAUACCACAGAUCUUUGAUGCCGUCUUCGAGUGCACCCUAAACAUGAUCAACAAGAACUUUGAGGAGUUUCCAGAACACAGGACCCACUUCUUCUACUUGCUCCAAGCUGUAAACUCUCACUGCUUCCCUGCAUUCCUCGCCAUACCCCCUGCCCAGUUCAAACUUGUGCUGGACUCUAUCAUCUGGGCCUUCAAACACACUAUGAGGAAUGUGGCUGAUACUGGUCUGCAGAUUCUGUACACGUUGCUGCAGAAUGUGGCCCAGGAGGAAGCAGCCGCUCAGAGUUUCUAUCAGACGUACUUCUGUGAUAUCCUACAACACAUCUUCUCUGUGGUCACCGACACAUCACAUACCGCUGGCCUGACGAUGCAUGCGUCCAUCCUGGCCUACAUGUUCAACCUGGUGGAGGAGGGGAAGAUCACUACAGUGCUAAACCCUGCCAGCCCCACCAACAACCAGGUGUUCAUCCAGGAAUACGUGGCCAACCUGCUCAAGACUGCUUUCCCUCACCUACAGGAUGCCCAGGUGAAGGUGUUUGUGACCGGGCUGUUCAGCUUAAACCAGGACAUUCCUGCCUUCAAGGAGCACCUAAGGGACUUCCUCGUCCAGAUAAAGGAGUUUGCAGGCGAGGACACCUCAGACCUGUUCCUGGAGGAGAGGGAGGCAUCGCUUCGUCAGGCCCAGGAGGAGAAACACAAGAUCCAGAUGUCAGUGCCGGGCAUCCUCAACCCUCACGAGAUCCCCGAGGAGAUGUGUGACUGAGCCGCAGCUCCACCGAACUGUACAGUACUCCAAACAAACAAAUAAAUAAACCCUAACCACAACAAAACCAGAGAGAGGCACUUGAGUGUGGUGGGAGGCCGCUCACCCUCUGCAGAGCAGGCCGUCCCAUUGGAUGUUUGUUGACCAAAACAAUGCCAACAAUAUGUAAAUGAUUACCGCGUCACCCUGUGGCCCUUUUUACAUAAUCUGCGUUUUGUAUGGAGACUUUUUGUGUAACAUCUUUCCAGAACUGUUAAUCUAAGCUUAUGUUUUGUUGGUCUCUGGCCCAUUUCAAGACCUGCAUGAUGAUGUUGUAACAAUUAGGACACCAUAACCAUCUUGUUUUUGUUCUGUUUACCCCACCCCUUCAUGAUGUCUUUUUUUCCCAAGGUCUUCCCUUUUUUUUAUGUAAAAAAAAUUACAGUCUGAGCAGGGUUUUUGUUUAAAAACAGCAUAUCUGUCAAGUCAGCAUAGAGGCUUCUAGACCUGUGGUGUGACAGACAGCAAGUGGUCUUUUCGGGGAGAGCGCACCGCUUCUUUGGUGCCCCACAGCAUUGUGGGAGAAUGUGAAUCUAACUGAUACUGAAUGAAGGUCGAGAGAUGCUGCUUCAUGCAUCAGCAUCUGUUGCUCAUGAGUUGUGCUUCACCUAAAAAAAAAAAUAAAUGUUGCUGGCAGGAGGGUUUUUUUUUUUUUUUUUUUUUUUUUUUUUUUAGGGAAAGCAAAACCGAAUAUGUGCAUAUCAUCCCAAUUGUAUAGCAUCUUUAAUACCAUGGGAACAUUUUUUUCCUUUUAUUCUAUUGUUUCAUUUUGUUGUGGGUGUGUGCGCGUGUGUGCUGUCGCCUAGUCGACAUCAGCGUUUUGUUUUCCUCUAAGAGGAUUGUUGCUCAUUUGUGAGCUUUCAUUAAUGGGAUGUUUUAAGGAAGUGGCGGAGGUAUUUAUGGGUUCCUAGUUGGUUGCAUCUUUAUAACUCCUGUAUAACUCAGAUGGCUUUGAAGAUUUUGAAUUGUACUAAUUUAGGUUGUUUACCAUGCAGUAGUGCUUCAAGACACUACCUUUUAGAGCAAAAUGAAAAAUAAAACUGGGUUUACAUUUAAUUUUGUAUUUUUGCAUUUUUCAUUUGUAUCUGUUUGAGUUCUGUCCAAAUAAACAAAAGGCUUUUUGUCCAGAGAGCAAAAUGAAUUGCCAACGAGUUUAAUUAGGAAAGGAAUGUAUAAAUCCAAAUAAGUACCCAAUCUCUUAUGGCAAAUUUCCCUUCUCAAGGUGUUAAAUUUGUUGUGAACUUUUUGAACUGAUUAAAGUUGAGAAUUUUAUAA